UUCUGUUAAUUUUCCAUGAGAGUUCAUACCACGCAAAUUUGAUUUGAUCUUUCUUUCUUGGUUAUUGCUUUUGAUUUUUAUAAUGGUUCUCUCAAAGUCCCUUACCAUCUUUGUGGUGGUGGCUUUCUCCAUUAGUGUGUCACUAAUCAACAAUGGCGUUGAAGCGUUUCAUAAAAUCUACCCGCAUCUUCAAUCUGUUUCAGCGGUUUCUGUGAGCGGAAUGCAUAGAACUGGAUACCAUUUUCAACCUCCUAGGAACUGGAUCAACGGACCCAUGUUCUACAAUGGAGUGUACCACCUGUUCUACCAGUACAAUCCCAAUGGCUCUGUGUGGGGCAACAUCGUAUGGGCUCACUCAAUUUCAAAGGACCUCAUCAAUUGGAAAGCACUUGAACCUGCCAUUUACCCAUCCAAACCAUUUGACAAGUACGGGUGCUGGUCUGGGUCAGCCACAAUCCUCCCGGGUAAGGGACCCGUGAUUCUCUAUACGGGAAUCAUUGAUGAGAACCAAACUCAAGUGCAAUGUUACGCCAAACCAGAAGACCCAUCAGACCCGUUCCUCAGAAAAUGGGUGAAACCUGAUGAGUUUAACCCGAUUGUGGUGGCUGGGAAAGGAGUCAAUGGCAGUGCGUUUCGCGACCCAACAACCGCGUGGUGGAGCAAGGAUGGGCAUUGGAGGAUAUUGGUUGGUAGUAGAAGAAAGCAUAGAGGGAUGGCCUAUUUGUAUAGGAGCAGAGAUUUUUUCAAGUGGGUUCGAGCUAAACACCCGAUCCAUUCAGCGAAAACAGGUAUGUGGGAGUGCCCGGAUUUUUACCCGGUUUCUUUGAAAGGGAAAGAAGGAUUGGACACUUCAAUGGUGGGGACUAAUGUUAAACAUGUGUUGAAGAAUAGUCUUGACAUGACUAGGUUCGAGUACUACACGUUGGGAACUUAUUUUAUGAAUAAGGAUAAGUAUAUUCCUGAUAAUACUUCAGAGGAUGGUUGGGGUGGCCUUAGAUAUGACUAUGGUAAUUUCUAUGCUUCUAAGUCAUUUUUUGACCCUAGCAAAAACCGUAGGAUCUUGUGGGGUUGGGCGAACGAAUCUGAUUCCAAGGAUGAUGAUAUUAAAAAGGGUUGGGCAGGAAUUCAGGCAAUUCCAAGAUCGGUGUGGCUUGAUUCUACUGGUAGACAAUUGGUUCAAUGGCCCGUUGAAGAGUUGAAUAGUCUUAGAGAGAGAGAAGUUAAUAUGAACAAUCACAAGCUUGAAAAGGGAGAUCAUAUUGAAGUAGAUGGAAUAACUGCAGCCCAGGCAGAUGUGGAAGUUACCUUCUCGUUUACAAGUUUGGAUAAGGCAGAGGCAUAUGAUCCAAGUUGGGUAAACGCACAAGAUCUUUGUGCCCAAAAGGGUUCGAAAGUUGAAGGUGGGGUUGGGCCAUUUGGGCUUCUGACUUUGGCUUCAGAAAAUUUAGAGGAGUUCACUCCCGUGUUCUUCAGAAUUUUCAAAGCUCCAGAUAAGCAUGUGGUUCUCUUGUGCUCAGACGCAAGGAGUUCCUCUUUGAAGAGUAACUUGUACAAGCCACCAUUUGCUGGAUUUGUGGAUGUGGAUUUGGAAGCAACUAAGAAACUUUCACUCAGGAGUUUGAUUGAUCACUCAGUGGUGGAGAGUUUUGCAGAAGGAGGGAAAACAAACAUUUUGUCCAGGGUUUAUCCACAGCUUGCAGUAACGAUUCAAGCUCACUUGUGCGUGUUCAACAAUGGUACUGAACCAAUUAUUGUGGAGAACCUCAAAGCAUGGAGCAUGAAAUCUGCUGAGAUUAUUUGAACAACCAAAAAUCAAUGAAGGCAGAAAAUAGUUAGCUAGCUUAUCUUAUAAUUUGUGUGAAAGUUAGUGUGCUUUACUUCUAUUUUAUUUCAAUAGAUUAGGGGCUCGAUUCCAAACCCCCUUAGGUUAAUUAGUGGCUUAUUACUUGACGUUAUCUUUUAUCUUUCAAUGUUUUUUUAUCUUUCAAUGUAAAUAAGAUAUCCGUAUAUAUGAACUACUAAGCGAGGUUUUAGAUUUAUAGAACCCAGAAUCACUUUUAAAUUUUUGUAAUAAA